UCGUCGGGCCGCUUGUUUGGCUGCUGCCGUCACCUCAUGGCGACGCGGGUAGAGGAGGCAGCGCGGGGAAGAGGCGGCGGCGCCGAGGAGGCUAUUGAGGCCAGCCGGGGUGGACGGCGACGCGGCCCGCGACAGAAGUUUGAAAUUGGCACAAUGGAAGAAGCUGGAAUUUGUGGGCUAGGGGUGAAAGCAGAUAUGUUGUGUAACUCUCAGUCAAAUGAUAUUCUUCAACAUCAAGACUCAAAUUGUGGUGGCACAAGUAACAAGCAUUCAUUGGAAGAUGAUGAAGGCAGUGACUUUAUAACAAAGAACAGGAAUUUGGUGGGCCCAGCCUACUGCACACAAGAGUCAAGAGAGGAAAUUCCUGGGCGAGAAGCUCGAACAGAUCCCCCUGAUGGUCAGCAAGAUUCAGAGUGCAACAGGAACAAAGAAAAAACCUUAGGAAAAGAAGUUUUAUUACUGAUGCAAGCCCUAAACACCCUUUCAACCCCAGAAGAGAAGUUGGCAGCUCUCUGUAAGAAAUAUGCUGAUCUUCUGGAAGAAAGCAGGAAUGUUCAGAAGCAAAUGAAGAUUCUGCAGAAGAAGCAAGCCCAGAUUGUGAAAGAAAAAGUUCACUUGCAAAGUGAACACAGCAAGGCUAUCUUGGCAAGAAGCAAGCUAGAAUCUCUUUGCAGGGAACUUCAGCGUCACAAUAAAACGUUAAAGGAAGAAAAUGUGCAGCAGGCACGAGAGGAAGAGGAACGGCGUAAAGAAGCAACUGCGCAUUUCCAGAUGACUUUAAAUGAAAUCCAAGCCCAGCUGGAACAACAUGACAUACACAACGCCAAACUCCGACAGGAGAACAUUGAACUGGGAGAGAAGCUGAAGAAGCUCAUUGAACAGUAUGCACUGAGGGAAGAGCAUAUUGAUAAAGUGUUCAAACACAAGGAAUUGCAACAACAGCUAGUGGAUGCCAAACUGCAGCAAACGACACAGCUGAUAAAAGAAGCUGAUGAAAAGCAUCAGAGAGAGAGAGAGUUUUUAUUAAAAGAAGCUACAGAGUCAAGGCACAAAUAUGAACAAAUGAAACAGCAAGAAGUACAACUGAAACAGCAGCUUUCUCUUUAUAUGGAUAAGUUUGAAGAAUUCCAGACUACUAUGGCAAAAAGCAAUGAACUGUUUACAACCUUCAGGCAAGAAAUGGAAAAGAUGACAAAGAAAAUUAAAAAACUGGAAAAAGAAACAAUAAUAUGGCGUACCAAGUGGGAAAAUAAUAACAAAGCACUUCUGCAAAUGGCUGAAGAGAAAACUGUCCGUGAUAAAGAAUACAAGGCCUUUCAAAUAAAACUGGAACGAUUAGAGAAGUUGUGCAGGGCUCUUCAGACGGAAAGAAAUGAGCUCAACGAGAAGGUGGAAGUCCUCAAAGAGCAGGUCUCUGUCAAAGUUCCAGACGGGGAGUUGGCCAUGCCUGUGAUGCAGCCCUCCAGCGGCCCGGAUUCUCCCAGGGAGCUGUAUACUUCCUGCAACAGAGCCCUGGGGGUACCCCUGGAGGCUGCACCCGAGGCAGUGAGCGAGCAGAGUGCUGCCCAGGAGCCCCCUUCCUCCGUCUCCGCCCCAGGGGUUGAGUCAGUUGACUAGGAGGAAGUGUGAUCACUGUAUUGAGAGGUCUAUUUUGUGUAUAACUUUCUCUGUUAGUAGUAACUAUUGGUUUUGUGGUGAAAAUUUUCUUACUUUUUCUACCAUAUCUGUAUUUUCUUAGAACUACUGGACUUGUGUGGUACAGGAGGCUGCUUAGCAGUUCUGAAUAGAUUUAAUCUCUUCAUUUUCCUCAGCUGUGUUGCACAUCCACCUCAUGUCCCCCUUCACUGGAAUGCAUGUGCUCAUUGCCUUGUCCUUUCUCUUCCUGCUCCGCAUACACGAUUAUCCUAGUGAGUUUCACUCAAGACAGGGCCAACUAUUUCACAUUUUAUGUGAAAAUAUUAGACUCAGCCCCCAUUAAUAUUAUUCAAAAAAAAGGGAAACUAUCAGGAUUAGUUUUGCCUAAUAGCCAUCUGAAUGCCAAGUAAAAACUUGUAUUGGUUCAAAACCAAGCAUAGCAUAUUUGAUUAAGUUUAGCUUUUUGAUAAUAGGUACAUCACUCGAAGAAUUGAGAUGGCUGUAAGCCUCGAAUCCCUGUAAGUUUUGGCAGGAUACGUAUACAGAUGUCACUUGUGAACAAAGUAGUAUGUACAGGCAAAGCACUGGACAAACAGGCUGGCUGUGUAUGUGACUAAAAAUAAUUGUCAUACUGCUUUGAAGUUAGAAUCCAUGUGUGGAAUUUGCACCACCUGAUUCUGUUUGUGGAUGGUAGUUUGUUUCGUUCCCAUUUGGGUGCAUAUUCUCCACUUCCCACAGAAAGCUGGUUAUUCUGUGAAAGCUGCUAUUGAUGUGUGCAGUCACUCAGUCUCUUGUUAAAAGUGAUGAGGGCAUAGUACCUGUAGCUUUCAUUAGGCAGAAGUUCUUCUGCCUUCUGGCUACUUGAAAGUUGGUUUCAGUUGUUAAAAGGAUCCCACCAGCAAGUACUCAAAGUAUUUUAAAAAGGGAAUUUUUAAUUUUGGAUCAGUACUAUAGCUACAUGAAACUGCUUUCAUUUUUAAAACACUGGAGCAAACAUGUUUUAAGUUUGGGAAAAUCUGACAGAAUGUUAAGUGGUCAGGAACUAUUAUGCCUUCAUUGUUUCUCACCACUCUGUUCUAAGCUGUCCACCCCACCCCACCCCCCAGUAUUAGCCAAGGUCUCCACACUUGGAAUGGGGGAAAUUUUGAAAUUAAGCACAUAACUUUUGAAUUAAUUCUUUAACUUCCCCCCUUUUUUUUUUAAAUAUUCAGUGGUGGCUCAGUUAUGUUAUGCAAAUGAUUAAUCAGGCUACACUAUAGACUGUCCCUGGUGUAAUCUGCAUUGAAAUGCUUUGAAAUAAAAAAGGUUUUUUUAAAUUAGAAGUGAUGUUAGCAAAUUCCACAGAGCAAAACUAUCAAACUGAUACUUGUUAAAUUGCUUACUGGACUGAAUAAACUCUUUGGUCCAGUUAAAAGGGUUUUCUCUUGAGUUUACUUUGUAAAGUCCUGUCACAGUUAUGGUCUAAACUGGGUUGGAUUAAUGGAGAAUUGUUCAACAGGUAGGAAAUCCAAGUUCCCACCAUCAGUAAUCAAAGGGCCACACAGUGGGAUCAAAGUAGGUUAUCUACGCUGGCAAAAGUGAGUUGGAGGUGAAAGCAAUGCCCUCUGACAGACUGACUUUUAUACUCUCAAACCCACUUCAGCUACUAAAUGAAAUACUGGACUCACUUCCCUCAAGGGAAAUGAAGGUAUAUAUCUGAAAUAUAAUCUACUUUAAAAUUAGUACUAAUCACACUUUACAAGAACUCUGCUGGAUAUACAGCUCUUAACAUUUUAUCAAGCCAUUUGUGUAACCCACCACGUUUCUUUGUGGUGCUUGUCCUAUGUGGAAGAUUGUAAAUCUUGGACCUGUUGCAUAUUUUUAAGGGCUUUAUAAAGCAAUGUGACUAACAGUACUUGGCCUGAUGCUUUUGGCUUGCUACGUAUCUUUAGGUAGAUGCUUUCAUGGUGUUUAAAAGGAUAUGGAUUCUGUCUGGGAUGCAUUUGGUGUCCUUUCAGAAUCCCCUCCCAUUACCCUGUGAAUAAAAAAAGGGACUCUCUGGGAAGGACACCCUCCUAAAAAAACGAUCACCUCACUGGCCCAAUGUUGUGGCUUUGUAGCACGCCCUGUAUCUACCAUAUUCUAGAACACUGUAAUGCUACUAGGCUGGCCCAGAAAAGUUUUAAAUGUUGAAUUCACUUAAAUUGCAUUUGUUGCACCACCAUGGGAUCUUGAUGUGUAUUAUUUAAUAGUGGCAGUAGACUCCAAGGUGUAGCAAAAACUUGGGUCUGGGUUAACAGACCACCUACUUCAUCCUCGGACUUGUAGGAGUACAUUUCUUGGUCUUAAGACCAGUGUUUUUAGUUAUGUAUGCAACUGCCUUUAUUACACCUGGUUAUCACAAUUCAACUCUCAGGUGUUGCAGAAAAAUCUACCUCUUUCAGACUGUAGAUGGAAAUAACUGUGAAAAAAAAUGAUGCAGAUUAUCUUCUAGUUUGUGCUAAACACACUGCUUUAUUUUUACAGCCCACGUCUUUCAUGAGGAUAUGAAUUGUUAAGAGGCAGUCUUGUUUUGCUUUUCAAAAACAUUUUGUAGAGAUUUUUCACUAAUGUGAAUCUGAUUUUAUCUACUCAAUUCUGUAUAGAUUAAGUAAAUAUGUAUGAUAAAUUUAACAGCUUCUGCGUAUUCUUUUGUUGUUCAUGAGACAACUGUGUAGGAAGUCCAUAGGUACCCAUUGUCCUUUCUGCUCAAAGAUGUGAGCACUCACCCUGACCUUUUAAAAGAAUGAAACAAAGUUUAUUUUAAAACUUUAUUUCUGCAAAGCCAAUCAAGAAAGUGUUGGAAGGAAAAAGUGUAAAAGUUAUUGUUGCAUAUUUGGGAACAGCAAGCACUUAGUUUGAGAAAAUGAGGACUUAAACAGUUGAACCCAAGGCAGUAGUACCCUGCUACUUAGGAUCUUAAAACAAUGGUGAUGUUCUUUCUUACGCAACAUUCUUUUCUUCCCUAACAGCUACAAUAUGAUACAGUACGCAAUAGCUCACUUGAAAGUGCUAGAAUCAGAGGGUGAAGAACGCCAUAAGCCAUCCCACUUAACAAUUCUUACUAUACAAUGCCUUUUUGGUGCUUGUUAAGUCAAGCAUUCUUUCAUGUUACCAUUACAUUCAACAGAAAACUUCUCAUACUUUGGGUUUAAGAUCCUUGUCCCUCCAGUUCCGAUGUUGUGACUUCUGACUCUUCAUCAUUGUAAAUAUUUUCGGCCUGGAGAUAACAACCAAAUAAAGUCACAGGUAAAACUCUUCCACAAUGUCUUUACAAAAUCACCAACAAAAUUUAGUUCACUGAUCAAUGUAUUUCAGUGUUGGAAAUUAAAAAUGUGUCCAUGUUUAAGAUAUUGUAGUCUGCAAUAUGUAAUUCCGCUUACAUACCUAGCCAUCUUGUGAUCACUGUUCAUUAAAGUGUUUUCCGGCCAGC